CGCUGCGACCGCACGGGCAGCCCCGUCCCGCGCCGGGCAGCCCGGCCGGACCAUGGCAUGGGCACAGGGGGAUCUGACGUCCUCGCUUUCCAUCGUCGUCGCCUUGGCUGCCUGCAUUUCCGCCACCACCAGCGAAGUGAACUUGCUAGACACAUCGACGAUCCCGGGGGACUGGGGCUGGCUCACUUACCCUUCACAUGGGUGGGAUUCGAUCAAUGAAAUGGAUGAAUUUUUCAGCCCUAUCCACACCUACCAGGUCUGCAACGUCAUGACCCCCAACCAGAACAACUGGCUACGGACCAACUGGGUUCAACGGGACGGUGCCCGGCGGGUCUAUGCGGAGAUUAAGUUCACGCUGCGGGACUGCAAUAGCAUGCCGGGCGUGCUGGGCACCUGCAAGGAGACUUUCAACCUCUACUACCUGGAGUCGGACCGUGACCUGGGUACCAGCACCCGGGAGAGCCAGUUUAUGAAGAUCGACACCAUUGCAGCUGAUGAGAGCUUCACCAAUGUGGACCUGGGUGUUAGGCGGCUGAAGCUGAACACAGAGGUGCGGGGUGUGGGGCCCUUGAGCAAGAGGGGUUUCUACUUGGCCUUCCAGGACAUAGGUGCUUGCAUCGCAAUCGUUUCGGUGCGGGUGUACUACAAGAAGUGUCCCGCAAUGGUGAGGAAUUUGGCAUCCUUCUCCGAGGCCGUGACUGGGGCUGACUCGUCCUCCUUGGUGGAAGUGCGGGGAGAGUGCGUAGGCCAUUCGGAGGAGAGGGACACCCCCAAAAUGUACUGCAGUGCGGAGGGGGAAUGGUUGGUGCCCAUUGGGAAGUGUGUGUGCAGUGCUGGCUACGAAGAGCAGCAGGAUUCCUGCGUGGCCUGUGAGCUGGGAUUUUACAAAUCGGCCCCCGGGGAUCAGCUGUGUGCGAAGUGCCCCUCGCACAGCCACUCGGAGAGCCGGGCGGCCCGCGUGUGCCGCUGCGACGGCAGCUUCUACCGGGCAGUGCAGGACCCCCCCUCGGCCGCCUGCACGCGGCCCCCCUCUGCUCCUGUGAACCUGAUCUCCAGUGUGAAUGGCACCUCGGUGACACUGGAGUGGGGCCCGCCCCUGGACAAGGGGGGACGCGCUGACAUCCUGUACAACGUGAUCUGCAGGCGCUGCACGGGGGACGCCGGCCGGUGCGAGACGUGCGGCAGCGGGAUCCGCUUCGUUCCCCAGCAGAUGAGCUUGGCGCAGGGAGCGCUCACGGUGACCAACCUCCUGGCCCACACCAACUACUCCUUCUGGGUGGAGGCCGUCAACGGGGUGUCCGACCUCAGCCUGGAGUCCAGAAGAGUUGCGGUUGCCAACAUCACGACAAACCAGGCAGCCCCGUCGCAGGUGGUGGCAGUUCGCCAGGAGAGCACGGGCCAGAACAGUGUCACCUUGCUGUGGCAAGAGCCAGACCAGCCCAACGGCAUCAUCCUGGAGUACGAGAUCAAGUACUACGAGAAGGACAAGGAAAUGCAGAGUUAUUCAACUCUGAAAUCCAAAGGCACCACUGCCACCGUCUCCGGGCUCAAGCCCGCAACCCGCUACGUCUUCCAGGUUCGGGCCCGCACCUCUGCCGGCUGCGGGAGGUUCAGCCAGACGGUGGAGGUGGAGACAGGGAAGCCAGUGUCCCUCCGGUAUGACACAAUGACCAUAGUCUGGAUCUGCCUGACCCUCAUCACUGGCCUCGUCACGUUGCUGGUGGUCCUGAUCUGCAAGAAGAGGCACUGUGGGUACAGCAAGGCUUUCCAGGACUCGGAUGAGGAGAAGAUGCACUAUCAGAAUGGGCAAGUGAAGUUCCCCGAGUCGAAGUUCUACGUCGACCCCCACACGUACGAGGACCCCUGCCAAGCCGUGCAUGAGUUCACCCGCGAAAUUGAGGCUUCCCGAAUCAAGAUCGAGAAGGUCAUCGGGUCUGGAGAGUCUGGAGAGGUGUGCUACGGCCGCCUGAAACUGCCGGGGAAGAGGGAGAUUCCCGUGGCCAUCAAGGCUCUGAAAGCAGGCUACACGGAGAAGCAGAGGAGGGACUUCCUGAGCGAAGCUAGCAUCAUGGCACAGUUUGACCACCCCAAUGUCAUCCACCUGGAGGGGGUGGUGACCAGGAGCAAAUUGGUAAUGAUUGUUACUGAAUACAUGGAGAACGGCUCGCUAGACACCUUUCUCAGGAAACACGAUGGGCAGUUCACCAUCAUCCAGCUGGUGGGCAUGUUGCGGGGCAUCGGUGCAGGCAUGCGAUAUCUUUCCGACCUGGGCUACGUGCACCGGGACCUUGCUGCCCGCAACAUCCUGGUGAACAGCAACCUGGUCUGCAAAGUGUCUGACUUCGGCCUCUCGCGUAUCCUGGAGGAUGAUCCCGAAGCCGCGUACACCACCACGGGUGGGAAGAUCCCCAUUCGCUGGACGGCCCCGGAAGCCAUCACGUACCGCAAGUUCUCAUCGGCCAGUGAUGUGUGGAGCUACGGCAUCGUCAUGUGGGAGGUGCUGGCCUUCGGCGAGCGCCCGUACUGGAACAUGACCAACCGUGAUGUCAUUAACUCCGUGGAGGAAGGCUACCGCCUGCCUGCUCCUAUGGGCUGCCCCACGGCCCUGCACCAGCUCAUGCUGGACUGCUGGCAGAAGGACCGCAACGAGAGGCCUCGCUUCUCCCAGAUCGUCAGCAUCCUGGACAAGCUCAUCCGCAACCCGGAGAACCUGAAGUGCACUGCCACUGUGAAUCGGUUCACCCAGACGCCUUUCGACAGGGGUGUCUUCGACUUCACCAGCUGUCUCACGGUGGAGGACUGGCUGGACUCCAUCAGGCUGGGCCACUACCGGGACAACUUCGCCAUGGCAGGGUACUCCUCCCUGGGCAUGGUCAUGCGAAUGAACAUCGAGGACGUUCGGAGCCUGGGAAUCACCAUGAUGGGUCACCAGAAGAAGAUCUUGAACAGCAUCCAGGUCAUGCGGUCCCAGCUGCUGAACACGAACGGUCCCAGGAGGCAUCUCUGAUCACCAGCUCUGCAGACCCGCAUGGGGCGUUCCUUAGCACUAACCCUGGCAAAGGGGCAGCAGGGUGGUGAGCAGGGAGAGGGGUGCCAGACCAAGACCUGGAGGCCCCCAGCACCUCUUCGAUUUGAGCUCCAGUGGAAAUGUGGCUUUCCAGAUACCUCGACAAUCCUACUGUCUCCUCCCCCCAUGUGAAGGGGGGAGCAGCCUUCCAAGCAGGCUAGUGACAGGCCGCUCCUCUCUCCAGACUUUAUCAUGUCACUGUGGGAACUGGGGGUCCCCAGACAACUAUGCAGGACACGUGGCAACCCCCCCUCACACAGAGGGAUGCCUCCAGCUGCAGAUGGAGGGGUAGCCGAUGCAAAAGCAAUACCAGGAGCGGUAGGACUUGGCUUGUCAUGCCCCACGGCUCCUUUGGAUCAGACAGCUGAUCCUGCCUUGUGUUUCCGGUGAGUUUGUUGGAUCUCUGAACUGAAGAGGCCCCCACAGGAUGCCACGUGGCAGAGAAAACCCUGCUCCCAGUACCUUGCAAUUCCAGUGUACUCCAACCUGGACCUCCAGAGCUGCUCCGACCUGCAAGUGACUUCAUGGUCCACCUCCGGCAGACGAUGGAGAACUGGGCAAGCCAGCAAUGCUAGGAACUGCUGGCAGGACUGCAGGCUGGCUCUGCAAGCGGAGGAGGCUUCCCCAGCAUGGGAGGAGAGGUGGCCAGGAGCUGCUAUCAGGAGCCUCAGAAAGCCCAGGGUGCCAUGGAGAGCCCCCACUUCUUGAACCCACCAGCACUGCUCCUCUAUGGAUCCAGCCCAGACACAUUUCCUAGGGCUCCAAGCUCAGGUUUCUCCCAUGGCAGAACUACUGCUCUUAUCCUGUGGCCUCCUCUAGAGCUGUACCAGAGCAGAGGAGCGGGAGAAUUUGCUCACCUCUCACCUGACUUGGGGUCAGAGAGAUUUCUGCUGAACUCUGAUUUGUUCUUUUAUUGCCCUAGAGAAACCCAAGAGCUUCCUGUUACCAAGCUGCCUGCCUAUGCCCAGGGCUGCCAGGUUUUCUGCACAGGAGGGAUCUGGAGCGACAUUUCCAGCUGUGACCACACAGCUGCCUGGCUGGGGAAAGGGGCUCUGCUCAGCUGAUGCUGCGUGUCAGGCAAGGCUCGCAGGAUCUUCAGCAUCACCCAGCUGACGAGCCUGACGACUAAGAGGCAGUUUGGCCUUUCUGCCAUGGCUCUCCUCCCCCUGGGAGCAUCUCUUUCAACAGGCUUGCCUGGUGUGGAGCAGUGGAGUUGGUCUGAGGGGCUGAGUGGGCUGCAGAGAUGGGGAUGUGCGAGGGAGGGUGAGCAGGCCAUGGGCUGCGGAGGCUUCUCUGGGGUGUAAAUACUAUUUUCUAUGGGGUUAGGAACCGUUUUACUAAUGUCUGAUGUUAAGUACACAAAAAUGGUCUUAAAGCACA